AAUAUGCAGAGCUACAGCCAGAGACAGGCUUGUAGUUAUAGCAGUAUAGCAGCAGUACAUUCACAACAGUCAGAGGAACAUUAGAUGCUGCAGUUAAAAAGAGCAACGCUUAGAAGAAAGAGACACACUAUUGCUGUUUAGCUGGAAUGAACCGAUGACCUUGGCGUUGCUGGUGCCAUGCUGUUUCAAACUUAACUACACAGGACCACACAUGCCUUGGGAAUGUGUUUGGUUUAUAUGGACACACGGAGAGUAGAUGAGAGUUUGUUGUGAGUUUUGAAUAGAGGGACAAGCUCAGUCUUAACAACGAGGGAAGAGAACAAGCUGGCAGAACACACACACUGUGUGAGCCUCUGGGAGGCGGAGGAAGGACUUAUUGAUAAAGUGCCUGCUUUAAUAUUGCUGAUCGCCAUGCAGCGUUAAAUGGCUAGGCUUUACAUUUCAGGAUCCUCCUCCCCUCUCGCAUCCACUCACACACACACGCAUGCACACACACACACACCAUGCAGGCACACACAUGCAUGCAUGUUCGAACAGACACACAAACGCACAUCCAUACGCAUGCACGCGCACACACUUCACAGCACCGUACUGCCUGGUCCUCAAAGCAUGGGUCUCAUCAUGUGGUCUUGUGUUUCAUUGUCUCAUCAUGUGGUCUUGUGUUUCAUUGUCUCAUCAUGUGGUCUUGUGUUUCAUUGUCUCAUCAUGUGGUCUUGUGUUUCAUUGUCUCAUCAUGUGGUCUUGUGUUUCAUUGUCUCAUCAUGUGGUCUUCUGUUUCAUUGUCUCAUCAUGUGGUCUUGUGUUUCAUUGUCUCAUCAUGUGGUCUUGUGUUUCAUUGUCUCAUCAUGUGGUCUUGUGUUUCAUUGUCUCAUCAUGUGGUCUUGUGUUUCAUUGUCUCAUCAUGUGGUCUUGUGUUUCAUUGUCUCAUCAUGUGGUCUUGUGUUUCAUUGUCUCAUCAUGUGGUCUUGUGUUUCAUUGUCUCAUCAUGUGGUCUUGUGUUUCAUUGUCUCAUCAUGUGGUCUUGUGUUUCAUUGUCUCAUCAUGUGGUCUUGUGUUUCAUUGUCUCAUCAUGUGGUCUUGUGUUUCAUUGUCUCAUCAUGUGGUCUUGUGUUUCAUUGUCUCAUCAUGUGGUCUUGUGUUUCAUUGUCUCAUCAUGUGGUCUUGUGUUUCAUUGUCUCAUCAUGUGGUCUUGUGUUUCAUUGUCUCAUCAUGUGGUCUUGUGUUUCAUUGUCUCAUCAUGUGGUCUUGUGUUUCAUUGUCUCAUCAUGUGGUCUUCUGUUUCAUUGUCUCAUCAUGUGGUCUUCUGUUUCAUUGUCUCAUCAUGAGGUCCUGUGUUUCAUUGUCUCAUGAGGUCCUGUGUUUCAUUGUUUCAUUGUCUCAUCGUGUGGUCCUGUGUUUCAUUGUCUCAUGUGGUCCUGUGUUUCAUUGUUUCAUUGUCUCACCGUGUGGUCCUGUGUUUCAUUGUCUCACCGUGUGGUCUUGUGUUUCAUUGUCUCAUCGUGUGGUCUUGUGCUUCAUUGUCUCACCGUGUGGUCUUGUGUUUCAUUGUCUCACCGUGUGGUCUUGUGUUUCAUUGUCUCACCGUGUGGUCUUGUGUUUCAUUGUCUCACCGUGUGGUCUUGUGUUUCAUUGUCUCAAUGUCUGGUCUUGUGUUUCAUUGUCUCACCGUGUGGUCUUGUGUUUCAUUGUCUCAUCGUGUGGUCUUGUGUUUCAUUGUCUCACCGUGUGGUCUUGUGUUUCAUUGUCUCACCGUGUGGUCUUGUGUUUCAUUGUCUCACCGUGUGGUCUUGUGUUUCAUUGUCUCACCGUGUGGUCUUGUGUUUCAUUGUCUCAAUGUCUGGUCUUGUGUUUCAUUGUCUCACCGUGUGGUCUUGUGUUUCAUUGUCUCACCGUGUGGUCUUGUGUUUCAUUGUCUCAAUGUCUGGUCUUGUGUUUCAUUGUCUCACCGUGUGGUCUUGUGUUUCAUUGUCUCAUCGUGUGGUCUUGUGUUUCAUUGUCUCAA